GUCAGAAGUCCAAACUGCCGCUCAAUGAAGGAGCACUCGAUGCAGCCUGCAGACUAUCAUGCCAGUCAGCGCGAUGCCGCGCUGACUGCCUAGGCAGCGACCUGACAGCCCACUCGCGAAUCGGCAUAACGUUAACGUGCUUAUUAGACCAAUAGUACUAGUACCUCGCAUUGGCCAACGAGAUGCCGCGCUAUCGCUGCAUGUAACAAUUGAGGGUGCACCUCCAGCCUUGUGGGACCCUAGGGAUGGUCCAAGUCGGGAUCUGCCCGGCCCCAGCCCUCCAAUCCUUCAGCAUUCUAGCUGCAGACUUACAUAAAAGCACCCGUCCCCCCAUCUCCAUUGACAGUCCCUUGUGUCCCUGCUGUAACCUGGCCCUUGGCAUCUCGUCUCUGGCUCGGCUCUUCUGGAUACAGUCCCAACCCCUUAUCAUGGUACUCUCGCUGGGCACUUCAUCCAGGGGAAGAGGCCCGGCACGGACCAGCGUCAGCAUAGACGACGACGAGUGUGCUGUGUUUAGUGAUGCCGAAAGUGUCUCUAGAUGCUCCACCGCUUCGUACGACUUCUCGCGGACCCCAGGCAGGCAAGAUUGUGCACCUGUGUUCUGUGUCAAGGAAGGGGAACAGGACAAACACGUGUACGAAGCCUGGAACAUCCACUACUUCCCGCGGAAACGGGAAACCGUAGACGGCUUCAGAGUGCUCGGAGUCAACAUCGAGCACUAUGAGGAGUUCCGUGGCCGCACUGAUGUGAGACCGCAACCAUCCAGCCAGUCGGAACUGGCGGGCAUACACAUGCGCGGCAUUGAAGAAUUCGGAACCAAGCAAAAGCGCUGCUGGGCAACUCGACCGUUCCGUGGCAAGGGCAAGACUUACGAACAAGAUCUCGAAGAGAGAUGCGCAAGGCUGCCAGGCGACGUGAAGGACGCCAUCGUCCGACUCCUCUUCAACCGGGGCAGUGCAUCUUCAACACGCUUCCGCGCUCGGACGUGGACCGUAGUCUGCAUGCAAGAGCAGCAACGUCACCGGUUCGCCCAAACGGACUCUACCGCAGUGAGGCGCCACAAGUUCCGCUUCUGGAAGAACCCUGACCGCGAAGAACCUCUGCUCUAUUCGGUGGUCAUCCGAGGUCACGAGACCAGCGCCGCUACCGAUGAAGACGGCAUCACCUCUUUCGCACCGUUCUCCAAUCCGUGGCGCCAUGCCGACAACGCCGAAUUUCGCCGUAGAGUUCGCGAGCAACGAGACGAACGUGACACCCUUCGACGCAAAAGACGCACAUCGGCUCCGUUACAUCCAACCCGGGCACGCUCUGCGUCGCCACCGUCGUACCAAAGCAUGAGCGUCCGAAGCCGUUAUGGGUCGCCAUCGCCGUCGAGUUUGAAUAACCGAUAUGAAUCACCUCCUCCGUAUCGCCGGUAUACUCGGAGUGAAUCUCCGGUCCGUAGCCGCUCGCCCAGCGCUCGGAUCCGGAUAAGGCGGAGAUCAAACAGUCAUCUCGACGAAGCACCAACUCCGCCUUUGUCCUUCACACCACCACCAGCCGUCGCUGGAUACAGCAGACCGCCAGUAGUCUCGGUCCCGCUGCCAGAGAUCCACGGCAACCCUUGCCUCCCGCGGCCGCCAUUUGCACCCAACGGCUUCUUACGAUCCCCCACCCCUAACACCACCACUCCCGGACUUCAGAUUCCAGGAAACUGCGUCGCCUGUCGCGCCUCGCCCGCAUGUCGUCACUGCCCAACCCUGGGGCCCUGCAGACGGCCCCUAAUGUGGUGGGGCGGCAUCUGUUACCAUCCCCCUUGCAUCCUCUGCGCGAGGAGCCACCCACCCGCGCCGGCACCAAUGUCGAUGUCCCCCGUUCCCGGACCAGCGGCAGGAAUGCCCGUCCCGUGUCGGUGCCGCCUGGCUGUACCGCCGCCGCCGCCCCCGCCGCCGCC